UCCUCUGUACAAAGAUAUUUAAAGGGGAGGUGAUAGUAUGGCAAAUUUUUGUAAACAGAGCAUAGAAAUUCGUUUUUUCCCUGAACUAGCAAUGCUAGUUCAUUUGUUUGUCCUUUGUCGUGUAACAGCGAGUGGCAGGUAAAGACCAAUAACGAAAGUUUUUUACUGAAAUAAAUAUUUCCUCUGCGGAUGAAGAGGCAGCUCUCCGGGGUGGUUUUGUUUUCUCGAUGAUAGCCUAACAUCUUUGCGGCGUACAUCGGAUAAGCUCGUCUGUUGUUAUUUUGAUGUUGCUUGCUAGCUGGAAAUCUUAACGCCAUUUUCGUCUUUGUAUUACGUACAAGGCACAUGAAGUGACUGAUCUCUAUUUCGAAAUAGAGUUUUGCUAGCAGGGAUAGCUGUCGGUCUCUCCCUGGGUCCUCUUUAGCGGAGGGGAAAUUCAUUUCGUCCUUUUCCUGUAGCUUAGGGUAUUGCAUAAUGUGGCAGUAAGCUGUGGUUUAACCUAAUAAUAGUUUGUUUUGAGGGAAAAAAAUACUCCUUUAUCUUCGACGACGGUGCUAACGUUGGCUAACAGUAGCAAUAUUCCAACAUGGGAGUCACCAACAUAUACAUUAAAAUAGGAUAUGCUACUGUUGGUACUGUGUUUGGACUGUCGGCUUUCUUGGUCUGGAAUAUCGCAUUUAAACAACCAUGGACGGCGGCUAUGGGAGGCCUGUCAGGAGUUUUAGCGCUCUGGGCUCUCAUCACACACAUCAUGUACCGUCAGGACUACUGGCGAACCUGGCUCAAGGGUCUUAGAUUCUUCAUCGCUGUUGGAGUAUUCUUCUCAGUUUUGGCUGUGGCUGCCUUUAUUAUCUUCCUAACUAUGGCCAUCGCACAGAAGCAAUCUUUCACUGACCCGAAGAGCUUCUACCUCUCCUGUGUGUGGAGCUUUCUGACCCUCAAAUGGUCUUCCCUCUUGGCCUACUACUCAUACAAUUACCGCCAGGAGUUUGCGGACAUCAGCAUCCUCAGUGAUUUUUAGUCAGUACUCAUUUUAAAGACUUUGGUGGACUUAAGGGGUUUUAGGCUGCCAGCGGGAGAUGGACAAUGAGCUUUUAUAAUAAAGAAGAGGAAAAGCAGACAUGGCUAGAUUUAAAAAAAAAAAAAAAUCAUCAGACUUUUAUCACAUGGUGCUGCAUUUGCUGCACUUGCUUAACAAGCUCUGUAUUUGCAUAGUAACCUGUUCUCCCACUUUUAAUGGCCUACGUGCUACAGUCCUGUAGAAAUUGUAAACCUCUGAAAACGUCAGCUGCUUUUGAACGAAUUUGUGGAGGACAUUUGAGACGUGCAGGUGGUUUUAAACAGCUACAUCUUUGGAUUGUUUCAUUUUUAAACAGUCAGAAACUCCCCUCCAUAACAGGCUUUUAAUCCAGUGAUUAGUGUUUCAAAUGAAAGUUAAAAUACUCAACCAUAAAAUCGAAACCAAAAUUAAAACCAUUUACCUUAAAAGUUAUAUUAGCUUGACAGCGAGUGAUUGUUUUCAUCCAAAUUAGCUCUCAAACAGUCAGCACUCAACUGCAGAAUACUCAUAUCUCCUGAUAGUCACUGACUUAAUGUUUGAGAAGUGUUUUAUAGUUAUUAUAGUCCAGGAUUUGCUAGACAAUACCAAUACCACUGUUCAAUACCAAGUUCUUUAUUCUGCUGCACUACUCUGCUAUUGCUAUUGGCGCUUGUUAUUUUAGUAUCACGACUAAACAUUAUGUGUGAAGCAUUACUACAAAGAUCAAGCUGUUGCAGUGCACUAACAAAAAUGGCAACAUUAUCGAGAACGUUUUGUUUAUAUAAACUUAACUGAAACUUGUUCACCUUCACUUCUGUGUACAGAUACAAAUGUCUGUCUUAGAUGAGUUAAAUAUGUUUUAUGUGCAUCCUACUUUUUGAUGAAAAUCCUCUGCGGCAUUGGUUUUAUACAGACUCAUGAAAAAAUGUAUACACUCACUUCUUUAUAUUUUUUCCCCUACAAGUCCAUGUACAUGUUGCUACAUGUAGCCACGUAUCACCAGUACUUGCAGCAUUUUACUACUGUUGGCACCAUUCACAAACAGUACUCUCAGCUUUUCACAGUUUUUGUUUGGAAAAUGACUGGUUCUCAUAACAUUUCUGUCAUUGUCAAUUUAUUCGUUGAACUAUGUUUUUGGAAAUUUUGCUGCAGAUAUAAAGUUUUGUGUUCUCAUCGAAAGCUUUCUGUCAUGUGAAAUGUUAAGAGCAUUCAUGCUUCUGUAAGAAAGGAAGAAGUGCUCUAUUGUUCUCUCAUUCUUGAAGGCAAUGCCUUCAUGUGAAGUUUGUGCUUUUCUUUUUGUUCCACCAGAGGGAGACUUUCAUUUUAUGUCGAGAGGUUAUCUGAAGUCUGGCAUUCCUCUUUUAGAGAAAACACAAAUGGAACUACUAUAUAAUUGCACUUUAGUCUAUGAUAUUGAUGCCAUUGUUUUGCACACAAAUUCUAAUACAAUGGGACAAAAUCAUGUGUUACACAUUGUCAUGUCUGUCUCACCCUCUUUUUGUGAAAAGGUGUUUGUAUGUAUCAUUUUGUUGCAGUUAGCAGGAUUACUUGUAUUCGCCAAAUUAAACUGGUUUGUAAUUGGUUUAGUUCCAGCUCUAUCUUAUGUCUACCCUUUUCCCAUAAAAUAUGUAAAGUUGUAUUUUUGUUUGUGUGUUUCUGUUGAUAAGUAUGAAUAUCAGGAUGCUACAUGUAUAUAGAAACUGAACCUAUUAAAAUACAUUUAUUGGUAA